AUGUCUAAUUUAAAUAGAGACGUUCUUUAUUCAAUAUUCGAACAAUUACAUGAUAAAAGGACUCUUAGUUCAUGCCUUUUAGUUAAUAAAGCUUGGUGCGUAACAGUUAUUCCAAAUUUAUGGAGAAAUCCCUGGAAAUCCUUAAAAAAGGAGAAUGAAAAAUUAUUAUUAAAUGUAAUUUUUUCACAUUUAUCGGAAGUAUCAAAAAAUAAUGUGGGAGAACAUAAUUUAUUAACAAAUUCUUAUCAAAGACCUUCAUUUGAUUAUAUGAGUUAUUGUAGACAUUUAAAUUUAGAUGAAAUUCAAAGAAUAAUUAAUGAAAAUAUCGAAGAUAAAGAUAAAAGUUUAAAAAUUCAAAAUGAAAUAUUAAAUCUUUUUAUUAAUGAAAAUAUGAAAUAUACUCACUUUUAUAUGCACCAAAAUUUUGAUCAUCAAAUAAAUCUUAAUCAUGGAGCUGAACGCUGCCUUUCUGGAGUUGAAUUCCUUAGUUGCAGUACUAGCAUAGAUGAUAAUAUUUUAACUAAAUUAACGGAAGCAUGUAAAUCAAUUAAAGAAUUGAAACUUUUUAUUGAAUUAGAAAAAAAUAAUCAUGGAUUUGUUAAAUUAAUCGAAGUUCAAAGAAGAUUAUUUAAUAUUGAUAUAGCUCGUCAUUCAUAUGAAAAUGAAACAUUUUGUAAAAUUCUUGAAAAUUCGUUGAUUAAACAUUCAAGUACAGUACAACAUUGUAAGAUUACUAGACGACCUUCAACAAAAUUUCUUUCAUCUUUUGUAAAUUUAAAAAAAUUAGAAUUGGGUUGUAAUAAGCAAAUCAUUACUUCAUGGAAUUGUUUGGAUAAUUUAACUUUUCCUUCUUUAAAAAUUUUGAAAUCCAGUAGUGUUCCGAUUGAAACUUUAACGAGUAUAAUUAAGAAUACAAACGGACUUCUUAGCGAAAUAAAAAUAGAUUAUAUAAGUCAUGACGAGAUUAGUAAUAGAAAUCUUAUUCAAGCUAUUUACCAGAAUUGUCAAAAUAUUAAGUAUCUUAAAUUAUUGAUUAGAAAUCGUAAUAUCUUAGAAUUAGAAACAUUAUUAAUUAAUUGUCAGCAUUUAAAUGGAUUAUUUAUCAUCGUUAAUGAUUAUGACAAACGUGAUUGGGAUAAAUUAUUUGAAAUAUUAACUAAAUCAUCAUCAACUAAUUUGUUCAAGUUCAAAUUUUAUUCUCAUGGGUUACCUAGAUUAGAAUCCUUAAAAUACUUUUUUGAUCGUUGGAGAGGAAGACAACCCAUGUUAUUGCAAAUCAUUUCUGAUAAAAUUAUUGAUCUUAAAAUAAUAGAAAGAUAUAAAGCAGAAGGAAUAGUCGAAAGAUACGACUAUGCUUAUUGGUGGCGCAAAAGAAAUUUUGAUGACUUUGAAUGGUUUUAA